CCAGCGGAUUAAUCCCGUCGUCUCGCCUGCCGCCGGUCAGUGCUCUUCCUUUAACCCCCUAGCUUGCGAGGGCAGAAUUCGGAGAAGAAACCGAGCGGAAUUCCUUCAGCAAGUAAGCAAAACUCCGGAUCCCUAAUGUACUCGGAUUUGCUUCACCUAUUCGAAUUAGGAGUGUGCCCUCGGUUGGUGAUCUAUACAAGUAUUGACAGGAGCCUGUCUUCCGUCUGAAGAAAUUUGUCCAAGCAUCAGGCUUUUGCAACUAUAGACAGGAGCCUGCCUUCCGUCUGAAGAAAUUUGUCCAAGCAUCAGGGUUUUGCAAGUAUAGACAGCAGCCUGCCUUUCGUCUGAAGAAAUCUGUCCAAGCAUCAGGGAUUUGCAACUUUGGGAGUUACCGAAGAAAUUUAGGCACGAGUUCCGCCUUCCCUCAGUUAUACUUGAAGAAAUUUGUCUGCUUGGCCGAAGUUCGAGAUCUGUGCAGAGUGACACUGCUCCCAUGGAGCUAAGUAGCUUCGCCUCGAUGAUGAGCUUAGGGAGUCUAGCUAUACAGCGGACACAUUUGUGCUCCCUAGUCUUCAGAGUUUUGCAGAAGCUGCUAGGCUUCACUUCCGGCUCACUGAAUAAAUUCUGCAAAGAUGUUCAUCAACCGCUGAGCGAGACUAUCGUGGGCACAUCGCCAGAGCUGCCUCAGGACAUCUUGAUGGGUAUCUUUGCCACCCUUGAUUUACCUGACUUUAUACGCGCUGGCGCCGUCUGCCUCUCUUGGCACUCUGCAUAUGCCAGCCUACGAAGCCUUGGGCAGUAUAAACUAUGGCCGUGCCUCCUCUAUACUUCUGAAUCUGCUGGUGAUAGCUCUGCUUGCCUCUACAGCCUCACUGAAAGGAGAUCGUACAAGUUAACUCUUCCGGAGCCACCUAUCCGCUCUAGGUGUUUGAUCGGGUCCUCUCAUGGCUGGCUACUUACUGUUGAUGAGAGAUCUGAGAUGCAUCUUCUCAAUCCGAUCACAUGUGAACAGAUUGCUCUACCUUCGGUGACCACCCUCGAGCAUGUGAAGCCCAUCUUUGAUGAGUACGGUGUUCUCCACAAGUAUGAAUUGUCUUGGCUCACUGGAAGAACUACUCACUAUAGCCCACCGUUGAUCUUCGCUCUUGACAAGCUGCGGGAUGAAUUCCACUAUAAGGCAUUUGUGUUCCCUGAUACAUCCACGGGAAGCUACAUUGUGGUGCUCAUCCAUAACCCAGUGCGCCAGAUCUCUUUUGCAAGGCUAGGGGAUGAUAAAUGGACCUGGCUGCCGCAUCAUUAUAUCUAUUGCGAUUGCAUUUACAAGGAUGGCUUGUUGUAUGCUGUGUCUAUAACGGGAGAUCUUCACACUUUUGAUCUUAGUGGCCCUACGGUCGCAAUAAAUACGAUCAUAAGCAUACACAGGGAGGAUUACUGUGAGUAUGCAUACAUUGUUCAAUCUCCAUCUGGUGAUCUGCUUCUUAUUUGGAGACUCUUUGAGGAUUUUAAGUUGGAACCUGAUCCUGGGGAAACUGUGUUUUGGAAUACUACAAAAUUCAGAAUAUAUGAAGUUGAAGCUGCAGGGGGUAAACUUAAGGAAAUCAAUUGCUUGCGUGACCAUGUUUUGUUUCUUGGGCAUAAUGAAUCACUUUGUCUCAGUGCUGAAGAAUACCCAUCUCUCAAGGCAAAUCAUGUCUACUUUACUGACGAUAAUAUGUUGUGGACAUUGGGAUUGAAGAAUAAUCACCGUGAUAUGGGAAUUCUCAACUUGGAUGAUAACAGCAAGGAAGAACUUGUAUCUUCUCAGCUUUUUUCCAAAUUUCCGGCUCCUAUUUGGAUUACACCUGAUCUUAAAAACAUGAACUUGGAUUCAGGUGCUGCUUAAAAAAUGAUUCAGUGAGCUUGCAGUUGUGUGGUUUGCUAGGUUAUUGCGCUUCGUAGAGAAAGUCAUGGACAGACUACUCAAGUGAUCACUUGGACCCCAAGUCCAUCCACACUAGCUUCGACCCAGUUGAAUAAAUAGUUCGAGUUUUUCUUUGUUUACCCAUGUUAUAAUCAUGUACAUCACACAGUUUAAUGUGUCAAUGGAAAACUUGAGGAAUGCCCAAUUUCCCUGGUGUGUGUUUGCAUCUGCGUGUGUAUUUUUCCUUUACAAUUAACAAAUUCUUCUGAAAUAUUAAACUGUCAAAAGAUGCAGGAAAUUUCACUUAUUUCUUAGUUAGUGUGUUGUUGAUGAUUGCAAGGGAUUCUGGUAAGGGAAGAAUCCUUGCUUCGUCAGCAGAGUCUGUAUUGAUCUCUCUCACUCCUUUUUCUUUGGGUUUUUGGGGUAACAGUGCUACGAAGUACCAAUCAUGGGUAUUCCGGGAUGUUAAUCACCAUUGUCGUUCAUAACUGUGCACAUGGUUCAGAAACUAUGGGUUGCAUAAAUUGAAUACUAAAUAAUCUGUGUUACUCUCCUACGGUGGUUUGUUGAUAUGGUUCUGUGUUAUCUCCUUUUGCACUAAUGUCAUUGAGAUGGCAAGUUGGAAUGCACUACCUAUAGUGUGGAGGGAGCGCUGGUGUUGGAGAUAGUGUUGAAGGGGAAUAAUAUGGAGGUACAUAGAGGCGAGCUUGCGGCGGCGGUUGGAACGGUUGGGUCCAGCAAGUCGUCAAUGCUAUCUCGCAUCACAGGGAGAGAUGCACAAGGGUCUCAUGCAAGGUAAGUCAGUGUUACUUUAUCUGGAAAACAGACAUCCUUGUGUAUCAAAAUAAUGUGCUAUUUGCUCAUUCAUUUGGUGCAUCAUUCUUCUUAUUUCUCAAGACUUAUUUAUGUGACAUUCUUAAGGAAAAAUGCAAGGUUUUUGCUGGUUUAUUUUAUAAAAUCAGCAAAGCUGGGCGCAAAUUUUGUAACUGAAUGUGUGCUGUUUUGUGUCAAUAACCUCUAUAUGCCACAUAUAUAGUAUUCGUGCUUGAACUGAUUUCGUUUGUGGGAAAACUCAUGGAAUCACAUGGCACAUAUUUGACCUCUGUUUUCUUCUUUUUUUCCUGGCAAGAGCUUUCAGAGAAAGAUACUGUUCUUUUUCAUUAAGCAGGAUCUUACUGGUAUAUUCAGAUUGAACCAAAGUUACAGGAAAGCUCAUACAAAAAAAUUCGUGCUCAGAUGAACAGAGCAUACAUGUUUCUGCUCAACAUGAGCCCAGCAAUAGAGUUAUGAAUUCUACACUACGUGUAGGCAUAUCUUCUAUUCCGGACUACAGUUUAUCUGCAUUGGUUUGAUAUUACAUAUUUACAUCAUUAAAAUAACUGUAGAAAGAUGCUUGUAACUGUUUGCUUAAUUUUAAACUGAAAUGCAGAAAGAGUAAUUUGUGACACUAAUCUGCUUGGCUAUAAGUAGUCAGACCAUAUGUUCCACGUGGUUGCAUAUUGUUGCACUUGAAAGGCCAGGACAGAUGAAUACAAGAUGCAUGCUUGCCCUUUUUGGUUGAUUGGAGUUCAGAUAAGAUACUUCUCUUUUUUCGUCAGUGAACGGCCCUGGUUAGUUGUCUGAAUAUUAGUGUUCUUUAGGUAUUCUGGCUAUAUCUACUUCCAUGAUUUUUGUUCAUUUGGUCGAUUCCUCUAUAUUUAAGUUUCCUUUUUCUGACUGAUGAGAACUCCAAAUGAUGGUCAUAUUUAUUUCUGAUCAACAGCUAUGUAGGAUUGCACUCAUUGUGCCCUUGAUGCCCAGCCAGUUGUGGCCCAACAAAAUCAUGCACCUUUUGCUAAUUAUUAUUACUAUGCCUGUACAAGUUCAGGUAUGUAUGUACAAGUAUGCUAUUUUUUAUUUUUCAAUACCAGCCAGAGGACUAUCGUGUGACAUGGCUUCUUUAUUGGAGGAGAAACUAUAAACUACUAAAGAUGAGGCGGAAUAUAUAGGACCUAAUCUCAAUAGAUUUUUUUCUCAAACAUGCACCUACAUGUGUUAAGUGUUGUUUUGUAUUGGAAGAACGCUAGUAGACCAGCAAAACCUAAGAAAACCAAAAUGCCCAAUCUAACCAAAAAACCUAAAAGCCAACCGCAACAAAGAAGAUAAAGAAAGCGACAGACCAAAACCCCUACAGUAAGCUAAACUACUAGGUCAGUGGCAGGCUCCUGAGGACUUUGACACCUGGCCUAAUGGUGAACAUAGCGUGCCAGCCCAUUGUACCGAUCAUACUCCAGUGCCUCGUAUAUCGGACCAAAGCUGUUCAUAUGUUAGUAGUUAGGUCAUAUGUUCCAGGAUGUUGCAUCUUGUUGCAUUUAGAAGGCCAGGACAGUAUGGAUAUAGCAUGCAUGCUUGUCUUAUAUUUUUUUCCUGUUUUUGGAAGUCAGAAAAGAUAAACUUUCCUUAAGACCCAGUACUGUCAUCUGAAGGAUCAAUGCUCUUUCAUUUUGUUGUGCCUCUAUUCUCAAAUUAAUUUAAAUUACAAUUUUCUAUUUUAAGCUUGGACAUGAUGAGAACUCCAAAUGAUAUGGCAUACUUCUUAGUUCUUCCUUUCUGAGCACAUUUCUGAACAAGAGCAAUAUAGGACUGCACUCCAUGUGCCCCUGAACCCCAGGCAGUUUUGCUUCCCAAAUGCUUGGACAAGAUCAGGCACUUUUCGCUAACAAAUAUGCCUAUACAAGUUCAGGUAUGGGUGUACUCCUCUGUUAUUCUGUAUUUAUUUAUUUUAGAAAUACUAUUCUAUGAACAUGCUGAGCUGAUCAAGAGCAGUAUGAUUUAAGCCAUGUGGAUCACUUAAAAUAAAUCUAUGAACUAAAUGGUUCUAGGCAUGUAGGCAAUUGUGUAUUUUAUUGGAUUCCACGGUUAAGAACGCAUUCACUUGUCAAUUAGUAGUGUACACUGUUAUCAGCCUAUUAUUAUGAAUUUAUCGAAAAGUUUUAUUAAUAUUGGAAACAAACACAUAUCUAUUUUUACUGUAGUGAAUGAGAGAAGCCAUGAAACCGAUAUUGCACCAAUGACUUAUUUAGUGCUCCAUAUUAUGCUUAGUCUUUUCUGUAAUUAUACAUGAUCAGGAAUUCUCAUGCAAACUGAUUGUUUGGUCUAAGCAUAUUGAAUUGGUCCGAAAUAAAUGCUUUUGUUGACUAAAACAGAGGUGUUAUGGUCCUUAGAUUAUAUCAUGAUAGGGUAAAUACUGCCCAGAGAACAGUUGUGUGACAUGGCUUCUUUAGGAUGGUGAAACUCAGAAAUUCGCUCUAGAUCUCAAGCUACACGGAGCCUGAUUUUUAUUCAAAAUUUGAGAACAACAUUUCAGAGUUAUAAAAAACUCUGAAAAAAGAAUCCUGGAUGUAGAUAAUGUACUCUACCAACAUACAAAAUCUCAACCCGAAAUACCUUAUACUCUGGGCUUGACAAAAAUGACAAAAUCUGACAGGAUUUGGAGGAUUGAAAUUUUAUACUGUUCACUACUUUAAAUGCCAGAUUAUUAUUUUUGUGCAGCCCAAAAGAUGGGGCAUUUCGAGUUGAGAUUUUUUCACGUUUGUAGAGUACAUUAUUUUCUACAUCUAUUUUUUUGGGGAUUUUUGAAACUUCAAAAUGAGUUUUUGAAUUGUUCGAAAAACGGGCUCCCUGUAGCCUGUGAUCAAAACGCUGCACUAAACGACUAAAGAUGAGGCAGAAUAUAUAGGACUUGGUCUCAAUAAUGUUUCUCUUUCUCGAACAUGCAACGAAACAUGCGCCAUUUCCCAUUUUGUAUUAGAAGAACACCAAGAAGGCAAUCGUUUGAAAGGGUAAACAUGAAAAACUAAAAGAAUCAAAAUGCCUGCCCUAUAAAAGCUAUCCAGAACAAUGAAAAAGAAAGCCAAAGGCCAACACCCUACAGCUACUACUGUAGGUCAGCUGCAGACUCUUGAGGGCUUCGCAAUUGGCACCUGGCGUAAUGCUUCUUGUUGCUUAGCGGAUAUGGUGUGCCAGCCCAUUAUAUAUAGGACCAGAUCUCAAUCAUGUCCCUAAGCAAUAUAAUUAAUCUGUUCUUUAGAUGCAACAACCAAAUUUAACAAUUAAUAGAUACAAGGAAUGUCCUAGGAAGUUGUGUCAGGUGCAUCCCUUCCUCUAGUCUCCUCCUUAGGAUGGGUCUAUUCCUAAUGGUGGCUACAGUACAGCAAAGACUGCAGCCACUAGAGAUGCCGGCACACCUCAACAUAAGGCUGCCGUUCAGUCAUGGCAGCUACACAUGCUCCAAAAUCUUCUCCACAACUUGUUGUUUCGUUAUAAUUCCAGCAUCAUGGUCUGUUAUCAAUGUCGAACUUCCUUGAUCGUCCUCACUAUUGAAGGAUCUGGCGGUUGCUCAGCGAUUGUUUCCUCUGUGAGCUACAGUCUUCUUUGAAUUUCAACGUAGUAGUAAAAAAUGAUGGCAGUAACUUGUAAACUAGGAAUCAUUUCCUGAAAUUUGAUUAGUUAAUUGUAUAUCGUUUACCAAUGCUCCAAUAUGUUGCAUGCAAAUAUUUUUUCCUGUCAGGCCUGACUCCAUAGCUAGCAGUGAUUUUUUUAAAAAAAACUACCAAACUACAGAAAAUUAUUUCUAGAAAUUCGAUUGGUUUGCACAAUGCUCCAUUUGUAAUGUUUGUUGAUUGAAAGUUGUGGUGUUAUUUUGGAGAACACUUAAGCUCUGUUUUUUCGUACGUGAACCUCCUGGUUGUCAUCAUUCUUGCUAGAAUGUUGCCAAUCUCAUGAGAUAUAUGAUUAUUUUGUUGGAAGAAUUCUAUACUUAUCAUGACAUAAUUUAGGAAAGACAGUACCCAUCAUUCAAGACUUUAUUUUCCUCUAUUUUUUAACAUCAUCUUUUUUUUGCAGGUUUUUAACAUCAUCAUUGACCGAAGUAGAAUCAACAUGGGUUGGCAUGUGCUGUGCCUGUGACCCUUCUGGAGCAUGAAGAUGCUGCUCUACGUGGUUGGUCAUGUGAUAAUUGAGCUUUUUGAGAUCAAUACUAGUGUUUUAUUUACGUUUAACAUGUAUGCAGUUUACGGAAGCUAAUCUUUCCCUCCGUCUUACUGUUUUGCUGAUACCAUCUAUUUUAAAGAUUUUGUAUUCAGAAAUGAUGUAAUUAGUAAUUAGUACUUUCCCAUCUACUGUUUUGGUGAUGACUGAUUCUGAAGUUUUUGGCAUUUAGAAAAACAUGGGAUACCAAGAUGUUCAGGUUAACAUGGAAGUAAUUUGCGCCAUUCUUUGUCUGAUUCAUGCUCUGGCCAUAUAUUUCAACGAAAUCCUUGUGAUGCUGGUGAUGAAGAUGAUAGUGAUGAUGUUCCUGUCCUGCUUGGAGGGGGUGGAGUUGCAGAAACGUGGGUACCUAGACGGUCUAUGUGGACGUCAUUUGCGCCAUUCUUUGGCUUAUUCAUGCUAUGUCAAUGUAUUCUCAAAGAAACGUUUGAGAUUCUGGUGAUGAAGAUCAAGUGGAGAUGAGAGUGAUGAUGUACUUAUCCUGCUCCUGCAAGAACAUUUCUUCAAUUCUAAGAUCUCGGUUCAUCAAGUUGCCUCCCAAGCCAGCAGUGAUUUGCCUGCGGAGUUGUCAAGAGGGGCGGGGCUGUAGGUUUGUAUCCUGUGCGUUCUCAGUUCUGGCACCGGACUGGAAGCAGUUCUUGCUAAAUAUAUAGAGUAUCAUUUGCUGUUCGUUUCUUUCCUGCACAGUGGCACUUCAGAAUAUAUGGGAUUGAAGAGGUACACUGAUUGAACUGAUUUCAUUUGCUGCAAGAAAUCAUGGAAUCAAGUAUGGCGAUUAUUUGACCUCUGACGUCUUCAUUUUUCGGGCCCUUCAGUGAAUGUAUCAAUGGCCUUUUGGAUGAGUCAAACGAACUUACAAGUAUUCUGCCACGCGGUUCUUUUCAUUUCUGAGUUAGAAAAUGUGGUUGUCAUAGUUGGCACGAGUAGUACCUUCUGCUCGUAUAAUGAUUUAUCUGCUGACGUGCAGUGGCCAAGGUUGCUCUAGAAGGGAAGCGUUGUCAUAGUGGUUAACAAGUCACCCCGAACGUAAA